UCAAGAAGGGAGUAUGUUAACAACCUGGAUCACUCUGACGCUCUUUUUAAGCAUUGGCUAUGCGGCAAAUCGUGACGUAAUGUCAAAGGUUAAUUGUUCGACCUUGCUUAACAAGAAGCUGUUCCAUCUUCAUUCAAAACUGUUGAAUGUGUCCAAGACAAAUGUGGUUUUUCUUAAGGAAAGCGUUUACCUUACCACGUUUCAAACAAGAUGUUCCCAUGAAAGAUGUUUUACACGGACUUCUAUGGAAAAGCAUGUUCCAGGACCUAAAAUUUGUCCAAAUGGGUGGAAGUCGAGAAAGGGAAGCUGUUAUCAAGUAUUCACGGAUAAAGUGAACUGGUUUCAAGCCCAGAUGAAUUGCCGAAGAUAUGAAAGCACCCUUGCUCACAUUGAGGAUGAGCUUGAAAAUAAAUGGUUAAAGAAACAAUUUCCUGAUAUCAAAACAGCAACAUGGAUAGAUGUCGUUGAUUUAGGAAAAGAAGGUAAAUGGAUGUCGUUUUCAUCCGGAAAAACUGCUAAUUAUCUCCCUUGGUAUGAUAGCGAACCAAACAACUAUGAUUCAUCGGAGCACUGUGCAUUCAUGUUCAAUUCUGGCACAGAAAAAUGGUAUGAUGGAAACUGUACAAGCAGCCUUAACUUCAUGUGCAAGAAAAUAAAUAGUGUGUGAAUUUUUCAUUAUUUAUUUUCAUUGAAUUUCAUAUUAUUACAUAUUUUUUAGAA